AUGAAUUCUUUUGUAUUUUCAAUUUUAUUUCUUUUUCUCUUUGCUAAAUUUUCUUAUUCCCUCCCGUUAUCGACUAAAUCGAGAUGGGUCGUGGACACGUUGACCGGUGAUCGGGUCAAGUUCAAGUGCGUAAACUGGCCGGCUCAUCUGAAACCGAUGUUAGCUGAGGGACUCGACAAGCAACCACUGAAUCGCAUCGUGGAGCAUGUCGCUUUAUUGGGGUUUAAUUGCGUUCGACUCACUUGGGCUACUCAUAUGUUCACUCGUUAUAGCACGAAAACCGUUAUGCAGUCUUUUAAGGAUUUGAACCUUACAAAGGCAAUCAAGGGUCUUGAGGAGAAUAAUCCUCGGGUUUUGGAUCUUACGGUAGUUGAUGCCUUUUCGGUGGUGAUAGAUGUGAUCGGGUCGUAUGGAGUCAUGGUGGUGCUCGAUAACCAUGUCAGUGAACCAAUGUGGUGUUGCGGCAGCAAUGACGGUAACGGGUUUUUCGGGGACAAGUAUUUCGACCCAAGAGAAUGGCGGCGAGGUUUAUCGAUUGUCGGAAACCGUUACGCACACACUCCUAUGGUCGUGGCUAUGAGUUUGCGUAACGAGCUACGUGGGCCCCGCCAAAAUGUGACCGAGUGGUACAAAUGGGUUCGCAAAGGUGCAAGAUCGAUCCACAAAGCUAAUUGUAACGUGUUAGUCAUCAUCUCUAGCUUACAUUACAGCAUCGACUUCACUCCACUAAAAACUGAACCAUUGGGACUAGACAGCACAUUACCGAACAAAAUAGUCUACGAAACACACCGAUACUCAUUCACAGCGGGACCAAAAAACCAAUGGUUACAUCAACCACUAAACCAAGUUUGCGACAAUGUUAUUCGUGGGAUAAACAAAAAGGCAGGGUUUUUAACAACUGGGUCGGAUCCGGCCCCGUUGUUUAUUACGGAGUUCGGCGUGGACCUAAGGGGUGGGGACCGUGCCGAUAACCUUUUUUUGACUUGUUAUAUGGCUUAUUUGGCUGAAAUGGACUUGGAUUGGGCCUUAUGGGCUUUGCAAGGGAGUUAUUACCUUAGAGAAGGGGUCCAAAACGUGGAUGAAGUAUUUGGACUGCUUGAUAACAAUUGGGCCGGGCUUAGAAAUCCCGGUUUUAACCGCCGGUUGGAUCUUAUUCAUCAAACACUUCAAGACCCGAAAUCUAGAUCAUGGAACUACACAUUCUUGCACCACCCACUGACUGGAAGAUGCAUUAAAAAUAACGAUAUGAACCAAAUCUACGCCGGUGAAUGUGAGGGGUUAACAGGAUGGAGUCACGCUGGUGAUGGAGCUCCAAUCCAGCUAUCAAGCACCCCGUGGUGUCUCAUGGUGGUCGGAGACGGGCUUCCAGUGAAGCUGACGACGAAUUGCUACGAAAAACAAAGUAGGUGGAAAUCAGUACGAAAUUCUAGAUUUCAAUUCACGAACGAAGACGAAAACGGUGUCAAUCUCUGCUUAGAUUUAGAUCCUUCUGGUUCAUCGACGAUCUUGAGCAAGAAAUGCAUUUGUGCUGGAGGCGGUGCUUCUAAAUGCCUGAAAAAUACACAGAGUCAAUGGUUUGAGUUUGUUUACGCCAAUAGGAGAUAUUUUUAG